GUGCAAUAUAUUGUUUUUUUUUUAGUUUAUCUAAACUAAAUAACAGCCGCCGUCGGCUGAGCCAAAAAUCUUUCAGUAUUGACAAAUGCCAUCUCAGCGCCAGUGUCCUUAACCCUGCCGCUGAGUCAAUUGCAGUAAAGGCGAAAUGAAGCAAGGCAGCUAGCUACACCUCCCGGUCGAACACUCUCUGAUGAAAGUCUCCAAACCUUUGGAAAGAAAGUACGCAGAGUAAUUGUGUUCUGGUGAUUCUGCCGGGGAAUCUUUGGACCGGGUCAGGCCAGUGACUGCGGAGAAGAUGUCUUACACAAGCAUUGAGAAUUUGCUGAGGGCUGCCUUAUUGUUUUGUCUGAUGUCGCCAGGAUUUCCUUACUCUUACUUUUCUAUAUCAGAACAAGAUGAAAGCAGAGAGACAUGCCCGGAAACCAAAGUAAUCUCAACCGAGUAUCCAUGUCGGAAAGCCAAUGGAGAAUUGGCGACCUGUUUCAGAAAGAAGUGCUGUCGAGGUUAUAAAUUUGUCCUUGGCGAAUGUAUCCCAGACGAUUACGAUGUAUGUUCAGGAGCUCCAUGUGAACAGCAGUGCACAGAUAACUUUGGCAGAGUGCUCUGCACAUGCUAUCCAGGAUACUACUUUGAUCGUAUGAAGCACAGGAACCGAGAGAAACCUUAUUGUCUUGAUAUCGAUGAAUGUACCAAAAGUAAUGGAACAGUAUGUUCUCAUAUUUGCCUGAAUGCCCCAGGGAGUUAUCAAUGUCUAUGCAUGGAAGGUUUCUAUCUCGAAGAGGAUGGGAAGACAUGCAGCAAAAUUGAAAGUGCUGGCCAGUAUCUAAAAUCUGAAAGUGUAGUGGAAGCUGACACAUGUUCUACAACCUGCGAGGAAUUCCAACAGAUAAAACAGACAGUACUACAGCUCAAGCAGAAGAUCACGUCACUGCCCAACAAUGUUGAUGAUAUUAGUAAGCAAAAAUCAAAUAGUCAGACGUUAUUUGCUUCCAACAGUUACAAUGCUGGAUUCAUUGGUCUUCCUGGGCCUACAGGGCCUUCAGGCCUGCCUGGUCCUAAAGGAAGCUCUGGGCCAAAGGGACAUACAGGACCCCCAGGACCACCAGGAUCCAGAGGACACAUGGGACCUAUGGGCCCAUCCCCUGACCUAUCUCAUAUUAAACAGGGAAGAAGAGGUCCAGUGGGUUCACCGGGAGCAUCAGGAAAAGAUGGAGCCAAGGGUGAAAGAGGUGCAUCGGGACCAAGGGGAUCUCCAGGUCCACCUGGCUCCUUUGAUUUUUUGCUUCUGAUGUUGGCAGACAUUAGAAAUGACAUUGCAGAGCUCCAACUGAAGACUUUCGGCCGUGGAAAUCGUGCCACUGUGGAGGAGCAACAGAGCCAUGAGAUUUCUGACUGGGGAUCAGGUGAAGACCACAGACACCGAGGUCCAUCACAGGAACGGCCAAAGAGACCAGUAUCAUGGAAGUGAAAUGGCUUUCAAAACUGUUUUGCAAUUAUUUUCCAUCGGGACCAGACUGAAGGGAUUGAACCAGUGAGGAUGUAAUAAAUUUUGGUCUGCUGUUGUAGAAUUUUUAUUUCAUUAACAGUGUCACAGAAAUACUUUUAUCAAAGAUAAUAAUUGAGAUAAGGUCUAGACCUUUAACAUAGUUCCAUUAUAUGGUAGAACAGUUUGUCAAAUUCCAAACAAAUCUGUUACGUUUAAAAGUUCAGAUUUGUGGGAGAAAGAAUUGUCCCUAAUGUGAGCAAUUGCGGUAUCUUGCUUCUGUCGCAAAAAAAAUAGUUUUGUUCAUGUCUUCUGUAUUUAGGAAUUGCUACACUUUUAUAAAUAGGUUGUACCAGAUUGUUCACCAGACCUGAAAUUGCAAGGUAGGUUAAUAAAGUCCCUCUGUACAUUUACUUUCCCUCAGAACAGUAAUCCUGCAGCCUGAUAUAAUACCAAGCAAUUUCUUCAAUUCAACUUGCCACCAUUUUUAAGCAACCAAACCCAUGACCUUUGUAGAUGACAUCUCAUAUUUCUUUAAAUCAUUAAAAUAUGGUGAGAGAAUUGUCAGAUAUUGACUGACGGAGCCGCACAAUGCACCAUGUACAUUGCAUUUGGUCUGAGGGACCUAAUCAUUCUUCCUCCACCUCAAGCCUUUCCACUUCUUGAAGGAGAACUUUAUUCAUUUCCCCCCCCUCAUCCCCCCCCCCCC